AUGGGAUACCUCACUACACCGUAUAUCUGGCUCUGGAUAUUUGUGGAGAUAUCUCAUGAGCAAGAAGAUCCAAUACUUCGAGAUUGGGAAUUCGCUGAUUAUGGAGAGCAAAAGGCACUUCUGAAUCCUUCAGCUGUGAUCGAAGAAGAUGACCUAAAAACGAUCUCAAAGGUUCACGCGGGAGCGCGUUUGAAUUGUAAUAUCCAAUUUAGAAACCACAAUCUACAAAUUAAGAUUGCCAGACACCAAACAGACACAAAGUCUAAAAAUCUCACUACAAGUGAAUGGAAUGGUGAUGCCUUCCAUUCAUUAGAUCAGCCGGGUGCUGAGAGCUCAAACGAAAUUCACCAAUACAAACUGACCCAAAAAACUAAUCAGUCAAGAGAUAACUGCGUUAUUAAACUUCCGAAAAGAGCAUACAGGUCCGCUAUGUCCGAGUCUGAACCCGAUAAAGUCAAGAAUAUUCCUAAGGUGAACAUCAAUACCGCUUCUCUUGAUCAACUCUGUAGAGUGAAUCAUAUUG